CAACGCAUGCUCAGCCCGGCGCUCACGCUCGAUUCUCGCGCGCCCAGCCUGCGGCGCAUGCGCAGGACCGGCAGCCCGCGAGACCUGAUCUCGGUUCGGCCCCGCGAGAUCUUCUCGACUUCUUCCUCCCUCGGACCGGCCUUCCUUCGGUGCCGCUUCCGGGAUGCCCCCACCGGUUCUGGGUUGAGCGGUACCCGUUCUCUCCCGCCACGCUCCCGGGUCCCCAGACUCCAUUUUCAGGCCGGUGGCUUGCGGUGGAACCUCCCCGUCCCCACCCUAGCCCCAUCUCGGAGAGCGCGCGCCCCCUUAAGCCCCAGGAACCAAUCAGCAGCCGCCUUAGGUGACCAUGUCUGAGUCUGGGCACAGUCAGCCUGGGCUCUAUGGGAUAGACAGGCGGCGGCGGUGGAAGGAGCCAGGCCCUGGCGGCCCCCAGAAUCUCUCCGGGCCUGGCGGUCGGGAGAGGGACUACACUGCACCUUGGGACAGAGAGAGACGGGAAGGCAGCGAAGAGACGAGCGCGGCGGUCAUGCAGAAAACCCCCAUCAUCCUCUCAAAACCUCCAGCAGAGCGGUCAAAGCAGCCGCCGACUCCAACGGCCCCUGCCGCCCCGCCUGCCCCAGCCCCUCUUGAGAAGCCCAUUGUCCUCAUGAAGCCACGGGAGGAGGGGAAAGGGCCUGCGGCCACAGCGAGUGCCUCCACCCCCGAGGGCACUGCCCCACCACCCCCUGCAGCCCCUGCGCCACCCAAGGGGGAGAAGGAGGGGCAGAGACCCACACAGCCUGUGUACCAGAUCCAGAACCGGGGCAUGGGGACUGCCGCGCCGGCAGCCAUGGACCCUGUCGUGGGCCAGGCCAAACUGCUGCCCCCAGAGCGCAUGAAGCACAGCAUCAAGUUGGUGGAUGACCAGAUGAAUUGGUGCGACAGUGCCAUUGAGUACCUGUUGGAUCAGACUGAUGUCUUGGUGGUUGGUGUCCUGGGCCUCCAGGGGACAGGCAAGUCCAUGGUUAUGUCGUUGUUGUCAGCCAACACUCCUGAGGAGGACCAGAGGGCCUAUGUCUUCCGGGCCCAGAGCGCCGAAAUGAAGGAACGAGGGGGCAACCAGACCAGUGGCAUUGACUUCUUUAUUACCCAGGAGCGGAUCGUUUUCCUGGACACGCAGCCCAUCCUGAGCCCCUCCAUCUUGGACCACCUCAUCAACAACGACCGCAAGCUGCCUCCGGAGUACAGCCUGCCCCACACCUACGUGGAGAUGCAGUCACUCCAGAUCGCUGCCUUCCUCUUCACGGUCUGCCACGUGGUGAUUGUCGUCCAGGACUGGUUCACGGACCUCAGUCUGUACAGGUUCCUCCAGACAGCAGAGAUGGUGAAGCCCUCCACCCCGUCCCCCAGCCACGAGUCCAGCAGCUCGUCAGGCUCCGAUGAAGGCACUGAGUACUACCCCCACCUGGUCUUCCUGCAGAACAAAGCUCGCCGGGAGGACUUCUGCCCUCAGAAGCUGCGGCAGAUGCACCUGAUGAUCGACCAGCUCAUGGCCCACUCCCACCUGCGGUACAAAGGUACGCUGUCCAUGUUACAGUGCAACGUCUUCCCUGGGCUCCCACCCGACUUCCUGGACUCCGAGGUCAAUCUGUUCCUGGUGCCCUUCAUGGACAGCGAGGCAGAGAGUGAAACCCCCCCAAGAGCAGGACCCAGUUCCAGCCCGCUCUUCUCCCUGCUCCCUGGGUACCGAGGCCACCCCAGCUUCCAGUCCUUGGUGAGCAAGCUCCGGAGCCAAGUGAUGUCCAUGGCCCGGCCGCAGCUGUCACACACGAUCCUCACCGAGAAGAACUGGUUCCACUACGCCGCCCGGAUCUGGGACGGGGUGAAAAAGUCCUCCGCCCUGGCGGAGUACAGCCGCCUGCUGGCCUGAGGCCAAGGGGAGGAAUGUCUCGCAGAGAACCCCCUUCCGGGCCCCCAGUGGAUGGCGAGGGGCACCCACGUCCUCUCCCCGCGGGGCGGAGAGUGGCAGCAGGCCUGAUGGACAAGGGACCGUGACUUCCUCACCCGGAGACACGAGGUGUCCAGGGCCAGUCCCCCAUCCUCAAGGGGGUGUCGUGCAGGGGGUGACUUUGACAUCCCGCCCCCAGCCUGGACGAGGUAGCCCAUCAUCAGCCCCCACAGGGACAGGCGGCGGGAGGAGCCGGAGUGGUCACCAGGAAGCCCAGGCUCCGCGUCGGCCUCCCUCUGCAGGGACAGGAGCAGCAGGUCCCUCUGCCCUGACUCCGGGCCCCUGCCUGGAAGGUGAGGCAGGGUCUGGGAGCUCCUUAUUGGGGCAGAUCUGGUGGCUGGAAUAAAAACAGUCAUGCAGGCCUGUUCUGGCGCUCAUCUUCUUCCCCCUCCCAGCGUGCUGUCCUGGGAAUCCCCCCGUUUUGGGUCCCAGCCCUUGGGGGCAGGUUGGCCAUGGCCUCCCAUUGGAGCCUGAAUGAACUUCCCGUGGGCACAUCCACGGUAGGUCAGAGAGUUGUCAGGGGUGGUUAAAGACCAGUCUUUGCUACGGAGGAAGCCUCUAGAAAGGGGUAUUCUAUUCCUGGGGUGAUAUCAAGCCUCCCAUCUCUGUGUGCCAUGGAGAGGAAGGUACAGGGCCCUCGUUUUCUGCUCACUUGAAGACGGUGCCUUCCCUUUGGUGAAAUGCCUAGUUAAAUGCAAUGCCUAACUCAAUUCGUUAAAAAAUAGAACACGUCCCUAGUUAAAUACAAUUAGUCAAUACAGUAUACUGUCACUUGGUGUCCACAAGGGAUUGGUUCCAGGACCCCCCAUAGAUACCAAAAUCCUUAGAUGCUCAAGUCCCGUAUAUUAAACAGCAUAGUAUUUGCAUGUAACCUAUGCACAUCCUUCCAUCUACUGUAAGUCAUCUUCUAGACUAGUUAUAAAACCUAAUCCAUGGGCUUCCCUGGUGG